AAAAAAAAAUGAUCUUAUUUAUUUACCGAAAAAGAAAAAUGAACUAAAAUGAACUAAAAUUGUGGUAGAUAGUGUUCCGGGGUUUUCCAGUUCUACCAUUAACAUUUCAUUUUGGCGGAAAACCUGAGAGUACCUUCUGCUCUUGUCACGCCUAGUUCUACUACACUCACUCAAAUUAUUACGAAACAAACUCAAAAAUUUUCUGCCACCUCCUCCGGUAACCGCCGCCUCCUCCGCCGUUAACCGCCGGAUAUUCUCUAUCAACUUCAGGUGAAAACGUGGGGAUUGAUUGAUUAAUUUGGUUGGUAGUAGAAGGGGUAUCAGCGGAGGAGACGGUUGAGUUUAGGAUAAUGAUAGAAAGGGCGGAUGAUGGAGCGCCAUUUGGUAAUUUCUGGAUAGAGGAAAUUAAUGGGGAGGUUCAGACCUCUGCGAGGAAGAAAAGGAAAUAUAAACCAAAGAAAAAGGAGUACAAUGGAUGGGGAUCAACUUCUCUUAUUCAGUUUCUUGAAUCCAUUGGUAUAGAUACAACAAACAAGAUAACUCAAAGUGAUGUAACUCAAAUUAUAAAUGAUUAUGUUAAGCAGAAUAACCUUCUUCAUCCUACCAAAAAGAAAAGAAUUGAGUGUGAUGCGAGGCUUCAUUUGUUGUUCGGAAGGAAGAGCAUUAGCCGGUUGAAGAUUAGUGACUUGCUUGAGUCACACUUUGAGGAGAACUGCGGACAAUCUGAUGAUGAUUUUCUGUUUGACUCAGAAGAUGAUGAAUAUGUGCCAGGGACAUGUGAAAUCCCAAAACCGGUGUCUUCGGAGAGGAAGAAUCACCCAAAGAAACAUGUUGUUGAGAAACCAAGGAGCUGUUUUGCUGCCGUCAUUCCAUUCAACAUCAAGCUUGUUUAUUUAAAGAAAAGUCUAGUUGAUGAACUUUUGAAGGACCCUGAAACUUUUGAGACCAAAGUAGUUGGAAGCUUCAUAAGAAUCAAGUGUGACCCAAAUGACUACCUUCAGAAGAACUCACACCAGCUUCUGCAAAUCACAGGUAUAAAGAAGAGCUCAGGAGUGGGUGGGGAAAUUCGCUUGCAAGCUUCUGGUUUCAUUAAAGACAUCAGCAUUAACAUGCUUUCAGAUGACAAUUUCUCUGAGGCAGAGUGUGAGGAUUUGCAUAGAAGAGUAAAAGACGGCUUACUCAAGAGACCUAUGAUUGUGGAUUUGGAGGAAAAGGCUAGAGUAUUGCAUGAGGAUAUGACUAAGCAUUGGCUUGCAAAAGAAAUUGCUCUGCUAGAAAAUCUUAUUGACCGAGCAAAUGAAAAGGGUUGGCGAAGAGAAUUGGACGGGUACCUACAAAAAAGGGCCAAGCUUAAGAGUCCGGAGGAACAGGAGCUAUUAUUGCGUGAAAUUCCUCAAGUUAUUGCAGAAGAUCUAGAAUCAGAGUCUACGACACUAGAUGUUCCAGAUAAAAAAGAUGAAACAAAUUUCCAAGAGUUGUCGCAGACUACCUCUACAAAAGCAUCGUUACCGACUGAGGUCCCAAAGGCAGUUACAGAUGAUUUUGAAGAUGAUUUUGCAGAUGAACAGGAAUGGUUAUUCCAAGACAUUCCACAAGUUACUACAGGUUAUCUAGACUUUUCAGAAUCCAAAACACCAGAAGUUCCAGAUAAAAAGGCAGAAAAUAAUAUGCAAGGGUUUUGGGAAGCUACUUGUACAAAAGAAUCUUUAGUGACCGAGGUGUCAAAAACGGUUGCUAAUGGUUUUCUAGAUUUUUCCGAAUCCAAAGCACCAGAAGUUCAAGAUAAAAAGGCAGAAAAUAAUAUGCAAGGGUUUUGGGUAGCUAAUUGUACAAAAGAAUCUUUAGUGACCGAGGUCUCAAAAACGGUUGCUAAUGGUUUUCUAGAUUUUUCAGAAUCCAAAGCACCAGAGGUUCAAGAUAAAAAGGCAGAAAAUAAUAUGCAAGGGUUUUGGGAACCUACUUGUGCAAAAGAAUCUUUAGUGACCAAGAUCUCAAAAACGGAUGCUAAUGGUUUUGCAUGCAAGGCUACAAAACUGUAUGCUGCCGAUCGAACAAAACAAGAAAGUGAGUCACCAAAGUCGAUUCUCAGUCUUAGCGGACCAUCAGAAGUUCCUCUUUUCAAUAUGGCAAUGAAUAGCACUGCGUCGAAUUGCAUUUCGCGCGACACAAUCACUUCUGCAGUGCACCAAUGGUCUAGUGUGCCGGUUCAUCAGCAACCAGCUAAACAAACAGACUUUGCAUAUAAGAAGGAUGGUUUAUCUAUACCAGGCAAAUCAAAUGAAGUUACGAUCAGAGCUAAUAUUACUCAAGGACCGUCUGACAAGCAGAUCCAGGUUAUAGAAUUGAGCGAUGAUGAUGAGGAGGAGAUUGAAAAGCCAAGCACCAUAAAACCAAGCAUCAUAAAACCAGUUCCUGGUGAGGAGUUGCAAUCCUCAAUGUGGCAUUACAAAGAUCCUCAAGGACAGGUGCAAGGACCUUUCCCCAUAAUUUCUCUAAAAUGUUGGAGUGAUGCUCGCUACUUUUCUCCGGACUUCAAGGUUUGGAAAGCAGGGCAAAGCCAAGAUCAAAGUGUACUAUUGUUGGAUAUUCUACCCAAAUAUUUUCCCCUUGGAUCAAAUUUCGUAUGAGGUGUCAACAUAGCCGGGAUGUUAGUCAUCAGAGUAUGCUUUAGCAUAUCAAUUUUGAUUUUUUAAAAAUGUGAUGCUUUCCAAUCCUGGACAAUUACUCAGUUUGAUUCAAAUCCAACCAACCACCUGCAACUUAAAAUUGUAACUAUGUUGUUUCAACCUGCGACUUUGUAUUGUAACUAGGUACUCAUACUCUCUAUUUGAUUGUUUUUUCCCUCUUUGCUUGUCUCCCUUUUUAUCUUACCAAAGGGAACUGUCAUUCAUUUAUGAAUGAGAAUGAUGCAUCAUGCAUCCAAUUGGUUGUAGAAUUCUGUGUUAUGUUCCAAUGUUCAGACAAAGGCUAAGGUUGUCCAAGUUAGUGAUUAUUGAGGCUGUCAAGAAAAGAUAUCAAUUUGCUGUGAGGAGGUUGAUGUAAUAGAUUUAGCUGAAUCCCUAGCUUGGAUUACAAAUAAAAUGGUUCAGUUUCAAAUUGAUCAAAUAAAUUGAAAAUCAAACAUAAUGUUUACUGUUUCUUUUUUAGA